UUUGUAGAUGGCGCUUAGUAUGUUGCAUGUUUUAGUCAAUCUGGUUUCCGCUUCCUAAGUUAUAUUGGUUUAAGUUUGGUUUGGCUCUUAGUUUUUUAAUUGUUAAAAUUAAUUUAAUUUAAUCAUGGUUGUUACCAAAACCGCCACUAAGAAAACCUCAGGUAAAUCUUCCACUGGUAAAGGUGGUAAGAAGAAGAGGGUCCACUGUAAAUUCAUCCUUGACUGUAGCCGGCCACAGGAAGACGGAAUUCUCAAUGCAACUGAUUUCGAAAAAUAUUUACACGAAAGGAUCAAAGUCAAUGGUAAAACCGGUAACUUACAAAACAACGUGGUCAUAGAAAGAAACAAGGCUAAAAUUAUUGUAACAACCGAGAUACCAUUUUCCAAGAGAUAUCUUAAGUAUUUGUCAAAGAAAUACUUGAAGAAGAAUAACCUUAGAGAUUGGUUGAGAGUAGUUUCUUCAGCUAAAGAUUCAUACGAACUCAAAUACUUCCAGAUCAAUAAUGAAGAGGAUGAAGAAGAAGCAUCUUGAUUGGAUUAUACAUCUUGUAAUUGGUAAUAAAAAGUAAUUGACACUAUCAAA